AUGCUGCCGGGAAAUGCUCUCGACAAACUUUUGUGUAGCUUUAGUCCAGCAGGAGAUAAAUUUGCUUUAGCUGGACCUGACGGUCGUGUCCGAGUGUUUGAUGCCGACUCUGGGAAAGCAAAUGGAGGCCCCACAGCAAACGGACACUUGGUGGAAGCGCACACAUGCAUCGUGUGGGUGCCGACAAAGGAGAAAGGGAAAAAGAAGCAGUCAGUUGAGUCUACGGGUAUCGCUCUCGGCACCGCCGCCGGCGAUGUAAAGCUUUACAACGUUCAGCUUGGCGAACUUAAAUGGCGUGCCAUGGAUGCUGUCCAGGGGGGCGUCAGGUCUCUGGCGUUCUCCUCUGAACAAGGACAAUUACUUGCCACGGGCAAUAACGGCUCGCUUGUCUCGCUCAGCAUUCCUGACGGCGAAGUGAAGAAGCGGUAUGAGGCUAGCAAGUACCCGAUUACCGCAAUCGCCAUCGCGCCAGGUUGUAUUGAAGCGAAAUCGCUUUUAAUUGCAGACGGGAAGCAUGUAUUUGGUGGUGGCUCUAGUAUGCAGCUGUGGGACGUAUCGGAGUCGUCACGGUCAGCCAAGUAUACAGGCCAUCCGAAUGAAGUCCGCGCGGUGGUGUUUGUACCAGGGCAGCCCCACGCGGUCUCUGCAGGUAGCGGCGAGCGGCAGGUGGCGGUUUGGGAAGUCCCUCCUGCGAAAAAGUCGAAGAAGCAGCACCCAGCCGUCACGACGCUGAACCUCGAGGAUCCCGCAGUGCAGCUGGAUGCGGCAUGCGUUUCCGAGGGGGAGACAUUCAACGUGGCAGCGGUGUCGGAAGGCGGGGAGGCGUUCGUCUGGGUUUGCCAUCGGGAGUCGGUAGCAGCCGGGGACGGCUCGUCGGACAGCAAGCCAGGUCUUGCGUGCCAGCUGGUGAUGCGCGUUCGAGUCGGCGAGGGAGCUGGCAAAGGGUCACAUGCGGGCCGGGAUGAGGCCAUCUUGGGGAUACGCUUGCAGCAGGGGCCCUCAGGUCCUACACUUCUGGUUGCAAGAGGGAACAGCGCCAAGCCCGCUUUUGAAACGCUCGCAGUGCCAGCAGAGGCACCCGACGCGGCCGCUGACGUCCUGGUUUUGCUACGUCCCGUCGGCGGCGUGCUGCUACCUCGCGGCGGCGGCGCCGACGCCAAGAAGCCAUCGUCCGCCGCCGUUGCCGCACAAGUUGAUGAAUCAACACAGCAGAAGCCCCGCACGGUUUUGACCUCGGGUCCCGGGGUCACGGUCCUCGGCACGGAUAACAUCGGUCAGCCGGUGGUGACUCGAGCGGCGGCGGAAGCAGCCGUUGGAAGCCGGAAGCGUGGUGCCGAGAACGACGAUCCGGAGGCUGCUGUUGCUGCCGCUGCGGCGACGCGGAGCGCCGCUCCAGGGGCGGAUGACGAGGAAGUGCCGGACCUCCCCGAGGGCGAGGUACCUUUAGGGGAGCGCGUGGCGGAGUUGGAGGCACGGUCGUUGGGCACGGUGCCGCCCGUGGACGAGGAGCCUGGGCCCAGCGCGGGGCCCAUGCCGGCGGGCUCCUCAAAGGCGGACUCGUUGUCUGUGUUGCUGACGCAGGCUAUUAGGAGCAAUGACCGAGCGCUGUUGGAGCGCUGCCUGGCGACCAGCAACUCGAUUGUCAUUGCCAACACGGUGGCGCGGAUCGUGCCCCUGGACGCGGCGAGGUUCCUAAAGGCAAGACGAACAUGCUUGGCUAAAGCGGCUGCCGUGGACAGGCUGGUGUCAAAGCCCAGCCGUGCCGUGCAAUUAGUUCCAUGGAUCCGUGCCGUACUACACCACCACACUGCAUACCUCAUGAGCGCGCCGGGAGUGCAACCGUCUUUGACUAGCCUGUUUCAGGCGAUUGACGCGCGGGUUAAACUCCAAGAUCCACUCUUACGGCUGUACGGGAGAUUAGGUCUGGUGCUUCACCACAGCCGGGACAAGGGUCAGCUGCCCGCAGAGCAGCGGCGUCCAGUACCCGAGGUGCUGUUCGAAGACGAUUUGGACGCCGAGGAGGAGCCUGCUGCGGAAGACCCCUUUGCGCCGGCUUUGUCCUCCGCAGACGAGGACGGCUCGGAAGAUGAUGACAGCGAUGACGACGACGCAGACGAGGAGAACGAGUUUGACGCAAUGCUGGCGGACGGACCCACGGGUCGUGGGAGCCAGGAUGGCGAAGGCGGCGAUGAUGAUGACGAUGAUGAAGACCUCGGCAGCUUGCUGGAUUCGGAUGACGAGUGAUGCCAGGUUCAGAACGAGACCUCGUGUGAAGGGUGUCUGGGAUGGACGGCCUAUUUGAACCCGGCCUGGGUGAUGGGGUGGGAGUAGUCCUGUAGGGGGGUAUGUAGAGCGUAUUGGGCGUGGCGCUUCGGGAUGGGGGAGAUGGGGCAUCGUGCAGCGGAUGGCGGUGGGAGGAUGUACGCUCUAGGCACCAGAUGAUGACAAAAAUGUGGAGGACGAAAUGCUUGGGCGUGCUUCACUAGUCGGAUACUCGAACGUUGCGGCCGGCCUAUGUGCGCAUGACGCGCAUACAAAGUAGUAGGCUGUGCGGUGUCUUUCUCCUCGGCGCACGGAUACCCGUCUGCUUCAUCAUCCCUGCGGUUGCACCCAUCCUGUUUGUCUGUCCGCCUGUCUAUCUGUCUGCCUGUCUUCCUAGUUUGCGAUUUGUAGUAGAGGAGAGAAGGCCAUAGCACUGGCGGAGCUUGCAGGUUGGCAGACAGUUGCAUGAGCAAAAAGGAGGUGAUAAGGACCCGGUAUGAAUAGAAUAGCAGCGUGGGAUUCUCAGCCAAGGGCGGGCUUUCUGGAGAAUGAUGGUUGGGGGCGUGGGUACCUGGGCAGGGUAAGGCCACCGCGGUAAAACGUGUUCGCGUGCGUCCGAAGGGAGGUAUAGAGAGCCGGACUGCCGCAGGACCGAACAUAUGAGUGUGGCCAACGGUAUCGCUUAUGCGGGUGUUAUCAAGGAGGACCCGAGAGCGGCGGUACAGGCGGAGUGAGGGUUUGGGAUUUGCCUGCUGUGUGCCUCCUGCUAGAGGUAUGGUGCGAAACGGAAGGUCAACAGACGGACUGGCAUGGGGCCUGCCUUCGGACGGCAAGGAGGAGAAGAACAAGAAGAGGAAGGCGCGGAGAAAGGCGUCUGGCAUGUGUGGUUCCCUCUGCGUGCAGAGAGCAUAUGCGUCUGAUUAGAAGAAGCACAUGGCCUGUAAGUGAGCGGCAUGGGUG